AGCUUUUCUUCCUGUACCGGCAUCGUAUGAGAGAGAGGGAGAGCGCGCAGCGAAAAAAAUACUUCUUUUGCCGGAGGAAGAAGGGAAAGAAGUGCAAAGAAAGAAAGACAGAAAAUAAAAUUACCAUUACCCUACCCACUCAUUUUCGUCGUCUCCUCCUCCCGUGCAAUCGAACCCUCCUCCGCUCGGCCAUCCUUCGCCGUACCUCUCCGCUCGCUGCCCGAUCCUCCCCGUUCGCUGCCCGAUCCUCUCCUCUCUCCUCCGUUUUUCCCCCGAUCUCUCGCCGCCAAGUCGCUCGCAGCUCGCACCCGAAUCUCGGCGCCCGAUCCCUCGUUGCUCGCACAAGAAUAUGGCCACAUACCCAAAAUCUAGAUAUCCCAUCUGCUAGUCUUUUCGGUCUUCUCGUUUCUCCAGUCCCCGUCCCCGUCGCCGUACCUGUCCCCGUCCCGUCGGAGCGAUCCAAGAGGGAAGCUCGAGGGAGGAGUGCAAGGAAAAACCUAUUGGUUGCAGGUGGAUGCAAACAGCAGGAUAUCCGACAAGUGAAAAAAAACAUUAAUGCUUUGCCCUCUUAACAUAUUUGGACAUUUAAAUGUGUAAUAGAUCAAGAAACGAGGCAUGAAUAUUGUGAAGGGCGUUGCUGACCUCAUUCGGAGGUCUUCUGGCAACCCAACUUCAGAAGGUGGAUCCACAGUUCACGGUGACAAGUAUGGUGCUCCUUAUCCAAGGAUUUGUUUUGGGGAUGCUGGUGAGGAAGCACUUUUGAAUACACUUUGGCAGAAAUAUACUAAUGAGCUUGAUAAGGUUGAGAAAAAGAAAUUAUUGCAAGCUUUUCUCUUGCAAUUCAUACAAACAUAUGAAAAUUGGGACCCUGUGCAUAGUGGUCAAACAUCAGCGGAGUUGGUAACGGAACCAGAAGAUAUAAUCAUAGGUUGCUCUGCUGGUCAUCCAUCUGAGGUUGUUCUGAUAUUAAUCCAAGAGAUUGUCUGCAUAACAUCUCUUUUGGCAGAAUCAAAAAAUAGUGCUGGUGGGCAAGGUAACGAUGAUCCUUCAGAACCAUUAGGAAGCUCUGAUUUUACAGCUGAUGCUUUAUGUGCCUUGAAUUGUCUCACAAUUCUAACACGCUCGACACACAAUUGCAAUGUAUUUAGCUAUUAUGGAGGGGUGCAAAAGAUCACUGCUCUUUUCAAAGCUGCAGUUGUGAAGUUGAAAACUUUGACAAGUUCUCUUCCUGUAGAUGAACACUUCUCAAAUACUCUUCUGGAGAGGAUAAGUUUCUUGCAAAAGAUACUAGUACGUGUUGUUUCGAUUAUUUUUAGUUUCAUGGAGUUGCAUACUCAGAGAACUGGGAACAUACAGACUGAUAUAAUCAGGAAACAUCCACGAGAAUUUUCUUCUAGUGGUUCAAAGAAAUUGUUCUGUGAGACGAGAAUUAUUUGGCAGCAAAAGGCAAUUGUCAUGGUGAUUGAAGCAGGUGGUGUUAAUUGGUUAGUAGAGCUUUUACGGGUUAUUAGAAGGUUGAAUUUGAAACAACAGUGGACUGACUUGUCCCUUAGUUAUUUGACUCUGGGAACUCUAAAGUCAGCACUCUGUGAAAAUCCACGGGCCCAAAAUCAUUUUAGGAGCAUUGGAGGACUUGAUGUUUUGUUGGACGGGCUUGGACUUCCAUCCAGCAAUUUUUCCUUUUCAAACAAGAUGAUUCUUAGUGAAGAUGAUAGAAGUGGAAUUUUUCAGCUCCAACUUCUCUCUUUGGAAGUACUAAGGGAGUCCGUGUUUGGUAAUGUAAACAAUAUGCAAUUUCUAUAUGAAAAUGGGCGGAUACAGAAAUUUGCAAAUAGCAUAUGCUGGCCAGCGUUUUUACUUCAACAAUGCAUUCAGAGAGGGUUAGAUUCUUCAAUAUCUUGCAAUCAAUUGCUCAGCAAAAACUAUGCAGACAGACCAGAACAAAUACCCACUGCAGAAAUUUCUAUCUGGGACAGUAUUGUUAGUCCUAAAUUAAGUGAAUGGAAUGAAUAUUCUGUUAAACUGAGCAGAAUUCUCUGCUCUUUCCUUCUUGCUCCUGAAGACACAAGAUUUCAUCAUGAUCACGAUGCUAUCACUCAGAGUGCUUUGCCUAUCUCGCUGGCCUACUGGGAACUUUCUAUAAGAUGGGCAAUGAAGGUUUUUUUCACUGUAUUUCCAUGCAUCAAAGCAUGCACUAAUGAGAGCAAGCUACCAAAUCAUAUAAGGAUUUUGGCCAGUUCUUUGCAACAUUACAUCCUCUGUACAUUUAGAAAGGUUCUUGUUUCUGCUCCAGCUUUGCUUAAUAUCUUUCGGGAGGAGGGGAUUUGGGAGUUGAUUUUCUCAGAGAAGUUUUUCUAUUUUGGGUCUAGUGUAGAAGAAUUUAGGAAGGAGAUUGCUUCAUAUUCAGAUGUUCUCAAUGUCCCUAGCCUAUCUUCUAGGCCGAAAAAUGUUGAUGAUCUGACAGAAGUACCAGAGGUUGACAUUCUUCAAGUUGAAGCAAUUUCAUUCUUGGAGUUUGUUGCAGCACUACAAGAAAACAAAAGCAAUUUGCCAGAAUGCUCAGUACUGUUAGAUAUACUUGAGCAGUCAGCUUGUAUGCCUGAAAUAUCUAGUAUUCUUUUGAAGAGCCUGCAUCGAAUAUUACAGCUUGCUGUUGUGCAAACUACUGCUGCUUUCAAUUCAUUGGAUGCAAUUUCUAGAGUUCUCAAGGUUGCCUGUAUUCAAGCUCUAGAGCUUAGAAAGCUUAAAAGCUCAAGCCAGUAUUUAGUGGAUGAUGUCAAUGUACAUACUGAAUGGAUCAGUCAGCUAACUCACCGUUGGGUUAAAUGCAUAGAAUCUUCAUUUGAGCUUUUUACAGACUAUCUUUGCCUAGCAGAGAAUGGAGGGUAUUUAGUUUUGCAUAGCUCCAGUUGUAUUGAUAGCUUAUUUGAUCUAUUUUGGGAAGAAAAUCUCCGUAGGCGUGUGUUGGAGCAAAUUCUUUCUUUACUUAAGUUGCCUGCAUUAUCAUCAGAAGCUAAUAGAGCUAAGUCCCAGCUUUGCUCCAAGUUUUUAGAAACAUUUACUCAAGCAAAGGAGAGAGAAAAGACUUUUGCAGAGUUAGCAAUAGAAUUACUGACUGGCAUGAGAGAACUUAUUCUAAUUGAUCAAAUGUACUACCAAAAAUUGUUCCAUAGUGGUGAAUGUUUUCUGCACAUCCUCUCUCUUCUGAAUGGUUCUCUUGAUGCAAGCAUUGGGGAACAGUUGGUGCUUAAUAUUCUUCAAACACUGACCUUGUUACUCAUGGGGAACGCUGACCUGAAGGAUUCUUUUCGAGCACUUGUUGGUGUGGGUUAUCAAACAUUGCAGAGUUUGCUUUUGGAUUUUUGCAAGUGGCAGCCAAAUAAAGCUCUUUUGCAUGCUCUUCUUGACAUGCUUGUGGAUGGAAAAUUUGACUUGGAAGAAAAUGCUGUAGUAAAGAAUGAAGAUGUGAUUAUACUUUUCCUGAAUGUGCUGCAGAAGUGCAGCAAUUUGUUGCAGCAUUAUGGCCUGGAUGUCUUACAUAGUAUGCUCAAGGAUUCCAUCACAAACCGAACUGCAUGUUUCAGAGCAGGAGUGCUUGGUUUUCUUCUUGAUUGGUUCCCUGUAGAAAGUAGAGAGGACAUGAUUAACAAGAUUGCUCAGUUGAUUCAGAUUAUUGGUGGACACAGCAUAUCUGGAAAGGACAUAAGGAAAAUUUUUGCUCUUCUUAGAACUGAGAAGAGUGAAUCUUUACAGAAACAUAGGUCCUUGCUUUUGACAUGCAUUCAGUAUAUGCUAAAGGAAAAAGGACCUGAGGCCUUCUUUGAAUUCAAUGGCCAUGAUUCUGGAAUUUUAAUCAAAUCUCCAGUGCAGUGGCCAAACAACAAGGGAUUUUCCUUUUCUUGUUGGCUUAGGUUAGAGGAUAUACCUGAUAAUAGCGCAGUGGGACUUUUCUCUUUCCUAACUGAUUCGAAAAAGGGCUGCCUUGCAAUGCUUGCCAAGGACAUGCUAUUUUUUGAGUCCAACAACCAAAAAAGGCAGUCUAUUCUAUUGCCUAUCAACCUUAUCCCAAGAAAGUGGCAUUUUCUCUGCAUUACUCACAGCAUAGGCAGGGCAUUUUCUGGAGGUAGCCAGCUAAGGUGUUAUAUUGAUGGUAAUCUUUUAUCCUCUGAAAAGUGCAGAUAUGCAAAAGUGAGUGAGGCUAUGACUCGGUGUAGCAUAGGAACAGAACUCAAGUCUAUUGAAGAGCCUUAUCCAUAUAAUUUUGGAAAGACAUUGCCUUUCCUAGGUCAAAUUGGUCCACUUUAUUCCUUUAGUGAUGCACUUACUUCUGAGCAAAUAAAAGGUCUGUACUGCCUCGGACCAAGUUACAUGUAUUCAUUCCUUGGUGAUGGAUUGCUACUUGACUCUCAGAACUCAGUUUAUGGCGGAAUCCUGGAUGCAAAGGAUGGCCUUUCAUCAAAAGUCAUUUUUGGCUUGAAUGCACAGGCCACUGAUGGGAGGACUUUGUUUAAUGUUUCCUCAAAUGAUAGUUCUGAUAAAAAUGCUUUUGAAGCUGUUAUUAUGAAUGGAACAAAAUUAUGCUCUCGGAGAUUGCUGCAAGAUAUUAUUUAUUGUGUUGGUGGUGUUUCUGUAUUUUUCCCUCUCUUGACUCAGUUUAAGAGAUCUGGUCUAGAUAGGGGACAAUUUGACCAUUCAGUGGUUGGGUCUGUUGCAAGUGAUAAAUUUGUUGCUGAAGUCAUUGAACUUGUUGCUUCUGUCUUAGAUGGAAAUGCAUCAAACCAACAACAGAUGCAUCUACUAUCUGGAUUCUCUAUCCUUGGUUUCCUACUGCAAUCUGUGCCACCUACCCAACUAAAUGCUGAAACUCUUUCAUCACUUAAAUAUAUGUUCUAUGUUUUGAGAAACAGUGGUAUGUCUGAUACACUUAUUAGAGAUGUUAUGCUACCGAUCUACCUAAAUCCCCAUAUCUGGGUGUAUGCAUGUUAUGAAGUGCAACGUGACUUGUGCUUGUUCCUCAUCCAAUAUUUUGAAAGCGACAGAAGCUUGUUGCCAACACUGUGCGGCUUUCCUAGGAUCCUUGAUAUGAUAUGCCAAUUUUACUGGGACAAAGCUGGUCGAUCAGCCCUUGGCAGCAAGCCACUUUUGCAUCCAGUGACUAAAGAAAAAAUUGGAGAGAGACCUUGCACCGAAGAAGUUCGUAAGAUCCGUCUGCUUUUAUUAAGCCUUGCCGAAAUGAGUUUAAGGCAAAAAAUUUCCCCUGCUGACAUAAAAGCUCUUAUUGCCUUUUUUGAAAGGAGUCAUGAUAUGGUGUGCAUUGAGGAUGUAUUACAUAUGAUCAUCCGUGCCCUUGCUCAGAAGCCAUUGCUAGCAUCUUUUUUGGAGAAGACUAAUGUGCUUGGUGGUUGUCAUAUUUUUGUAAAUCUUCUUCAGAGGGAAUGGGAGCCUAUCCGGCUGCUGGGCUUGCAGUUUUUAGGAAUACUCUUGGUUGGACUUCCUUCUGAGAAGAAAGGAACAAAGUUCUUUAGUCUCCCUAUUGGACGAUCUAAAUCCCUCCCAGAAUUUUACAGAAAAGGAGGAACAUCACUAGAAUCAAUUUCCUUUGCUAUAUCAGAGAGACUCUUCAAAUUCCCACUAUCUGACCAUCUUUCUGCGACAUUAUUUGAUGUUCUUCUUGGUGGUGCUAGUCCUAAACAGGUAUUGCAGAAACGUGGACAUCCUGAUAUACAGAGAAAUAAGAAAUCUUCUAUGGGUUUUUCUUCUCAUUUUCUCCUUCCUCAGAUUUUAAUUUGCAUAUUUAAGUUUUUGGAUACUUGCAAGGAUUCUUCAACACGGAUGAAAAUUUUGAAAGAUCUUCUCAAUCUACUUGAUUCAAAUCCUUCAAACAUUGAAGAUCUAAUGGAAUAUGGUUGGACUUCAUGGCUAGAGACUUCUGUCCGGCUUGAUGUGUUAAAGUAUGAGACAGAGUCAAAUGAAAUAGCUGAUGGUUUGAACGUGGAUGAGUUAAUUCUUAUAAAAAAUAUGUAUUGUAUUGUUCUUUCUCACUAUUUAUAUUCAGUAAAAGGUGGUUGGCAGCAACUCGAAGAGACAGUAAAUUUCCUUUGGUUGAACUUUGAGAAGGAAAAUCGAACCCAUGCACGAUUCCUUCGUGGUAUAUUUGAAGAUUUAAUUGGAAGUCUCCUUGAAAUAUCUUCCGAGGACAACAUUUUUAUGUCACAACCGUGUCGAGAUAAUACAUUGUAUCUUUUAAAACUUAUCAAUGAUUUGGUGAUCAUUGAAAGCGGAGACAAUGUUCUGUUUCCUAUUCUUGGUAUUUGUUCAGAUUUCUCUUCUGAUAACUUGGAAACUGAGAACAAGAAGGAUAUCAGCUUAGCAGUUACAGAGAUGCUGAAUCUUGAAGGUGAUCAACUUACAAAAAUUUCAUGGUAUUUUAAGUACAUUUCUGUGGAAGACAAUGAGACAGAAGCUUGUUGGUGGGAUUUAUAUGACAAAACAUGGGUUAUUAUUUGUGCAUUGCAUGGAAAAUGGGCCAAAAUAUCACUCAAAGUCUCAACAGCAGGUGGCCCAUCUUUUGGCCAAAGAGCACGUGGAUUGGUAGAGUCCUUGAACAUUCCUGCUGCAGAAAUGGCCGCGGUAGUUGUUUCUGGUGGCAUUAGCAAUGCCUUAGGUGGAAAGGCAAACAAAUAUAUCGAUAAAGCAAUGCUUUUGAGGGGAGAAAAAUGCCCAAGAAUUAUCUUUCAUCUUGUGAUCCUUUAUCUCUGUAAAGCUGGUCUGGAAAGUGCCUCAAGAUGUGUUCAGCAGUUCAUUUCUCUGCUCCCACUUCUUCUUUCUGCUGAUGAUGAUCAGAGCAAGAAUCGUCUCCAAUUUUUUAUUUGGUCUUUGGUUACAGUUAGAUCAAAGUAUGGUAUGCUGGAUGAGGGAGCAAGAUUUCAUGUCAUAACACACUUAAUUCUAGAAAUUGUUAGCUUUGGAAAGUCCAUGCUAGCAACUGCUAUCCUGGGCAGGGAGGAUCCAGUAGAAGUCAGCAGUAGCUCAAAGGAAGCUGGAUUCAUUCUUAGUCUAGUGCAAAGGGAUCGAGUUCUUUCUGUGGCAGUUGAUGAGGCAAAAUCUGUAGUAUCCAUCAAUGGUGACCGCAUAAAACAAUUACAGGAGCUUCAUGCUAAGCUAGACGAGCACUUGCUAACAGAGAAAAACCAUCAGAAAGCCUUUGAAGAUGAUAUUCAGUGUAAUAUGAAUGCAGUUUUAUCUUCAGAUGACAACAGGAAAACUGCUUUACAGCUUGCGCUUGAGGAGGAGCAGCAAGUUGUUGCUGAUAAAUGGCUUCAUAUUUAUCGUGCCUUAAUUGAUGAGCGAGGACCAUGGUCUUCACUUCCUUUUCCAAAUUCUGUUGCCACUCAUUGGAAACUCGAUAAGACAGAGGAUAGUUGGAGGCGCAGGCCCAAACUUAAACGAAAUUACAAGUUUGAUGAGCGUCUUUGUCACCCUCCAACAACUAAAAUGUCAAAUAGAAUCACUCAACCUACAAGUGAGUCCUCUGCUGGUAUGAGGACCAAUUUUCCUGAACAAAUGAAACAAUUUAUUUUGAAGGGUGUACGAGGAAUUACUGAUGAGAAGUCUCUGGAUUCCUUGGAUGAUGACUUGGCUAUGAUGAAUGAGCUUGACCCGCAUAUUUUUUUGGAAAAUCAUGGUUCAGAAUUUGUCAAAGACCACAGUGGUGAUGUGGAUAGUGUUCCUGAAAAGGAACCAUCCUCUGGUUCCACAGAUAGUGAUUCUUUUGAGGUUCACUUGUCUACACUUGCUGUGUUUAUUACACCAAAACGAAAAUUGGCUGGGCAUUUGGCUAUCAUGCAGAAUGUGCUGCAUUUUUCUGGUGAGUUCUUAGUUGAAGGCACAGGAGGAUCUUCAGUUUUCAGAAAUUUCAAUGAUACAGGGAACUUAGAUUCUAGAAAAUCUGAACCAUUGGGAAGUAUACCGAAGCAGAAAUCACAUAAAGGGCUGACAUUUGAUAGCACCCGUGGAAAAGGAUCAAUUGACAGUGAAGAUCUUGAUGUUUCUGCACAGCAUAAAUGCAACAAGAUCAAACUCCAUAGGAGAUGGAAUCUUUCUACGAUAAAAGCAGUUCAUUGGACUCGCUACUUACUACAGUAUACAGCACUAGAAAUAUUCUUCAAUGAUUCCAAGGCACCUGUUUUUCUGAAUUUUAUGUCUCAAAAGGAUGCCAAACAUUUUGGAACAACAAUAAUCUCUCUGAGGAAUGAAUUGUAUCCCAAAGGGAGCUCCAGAGAUAAAACUGGACACAUUACUUUUAUUGACAGACGUAUUGCACUUGAGAUGGCUGAAAACGCCAGGGAGAGAUGGAGGAGAAGAGAGAUUAGCAACUUUGAAUAUUUAAUGACUCUCAAUACUCUUUCUGGUCGUUCUUAUAAUGACUUGACUCAAUAUCCUAUCUUUCCUUGGGUAUUGGCUGAUUAUUCAUCAGAAAAGCUAGAUUUCAACAAAUCAUCUACUUUUAGAGACCUUUCAAAACCAGUUGGUGCCUUGGACUCCAAACGCUUUGAGGGUUUUGAGGAGAGAUAUCACAGUUUCAGUGAUCCUGAUAUUCCUAGUUUUUACUAUGGAUCUCAUUAUUCUAGCAUGGGCAUUGUGCUCUAUUAUUUACUUAGGCUUGAACCUUUUACAGCUCUACAUCGAAAUUUGCAGGGAGGAAAAUUCGAUCACGCAGACCGUCUUUUUCAAUGCAUAGAUGGAACAUACCGGAAUUGCCUAUCUAAUACAAGUGAUGUCAAGGAGCUGAUCCCUGAGUUCUUUUACAUGCCUGAAUUUCUUGUCAAUUCAAAUCGUUAUCAUUUAGGUGUUAAGCAAGAUGGUGAACCUCUAGGUGAUGUUGUCCUCCCUCCAUGGGCCAAGGGUUCAUCAGAGGAGUUCAUAUAUAGAAAUAGGGAAGCUUUGGAGAGUGAAUACGUGAGUUCCAAUCUUCAUCACUGGAUCGAUCUAGUGUUUGGUUAUAAACAACGUGGAAAGCCUGCCGUCGAGGCAGCCAACAUAUUUUACUAUUUAACUUAUGAAGGUGCUGUCGAUUUGGAGAACAUGGAUGAUAUGCUGCAAAAAUCUGCAAUAGAAGAUCAGAUUGCAAAUUUUGGCCAAACACCAAUCCAGAUUUUCAGAAAGAGACACCCGCGAAGAGGGCCACCAAUCCCUAUUGCCCAUCCCUUGUAUUUUGCUCCUGCAUCAAUCACAUUGACUUCCAUUGUCUCUAGUGCAACCAGUCCCUCUUCGGCCAUAGUUUUUAUUGGCUUAUUAGACUCUAAUGUUGUACUGGUGAGUCAAGGGCUCACUCUGUCAGUAAAACUGUGGUUAACAACACAAUUGCAGGCUGGUGGGAACUUCACAUUCUCUGGAUCCCAGGAACCGUUUUUUGGUAUAGGUCCUGAUGUGUUUUCACCUCGCAAGCUCUGUACUCCAUUGGCUGAAAACAUUGAGUUUGGCAAGCAAUGCAUGGUCACCAUGCAAGUUCUUAAUGAAAAUUACCUUAUUUCAUGUGGUAAUUGGGAAAAUAGCUUUCAGGUGAUCUCCCUAAAUGAAGGAAGGAUAGUGCAGAGCAUCAGACAACACAAAGAUGUGGUCAGCUGUAUAGCAGUUUCAUCUGAUGGAAGUAUGCUUGCAACUGGAAGUUAUGACACAACUGUCAUGGUAUGGCAUGCUUAUCGUGGAAGGCAUGCUGAGAGAAGAUCUCGAGCUAUGCAAACUGAUUUUCCUCGAAAAGAUCAUGUCAUCAUUGAAAGCCCUUUCCAUAUUCUAUGUGGCCAUGAUGACAUUAUAACAUGCUUGUUUAUUAGUGCUGAACUUGAUGUUGUCAUCAGUGGUUCAAAAGAUGGAACUUGCAUUUUUCACACACUAAGGGAAGGAAGAUAUGCACAGUCCAUUCAGCACCCUUCUGGUAGUCCUUUGUCCAAGUUAGUUGUAUCACCUCAUGGAAGAUUGGUCAUCUAUGCUGAGAGUGAUCUGAGUUUGCACAUGUAUUCUAUCAAUGGAAAACAUGUUGCAUCUUCUGAAUCCAAUGGGCGCCUCAACUGCAUUGAACUUAGUAGUUGUGGUGACUUCCUUGUUUGUGCUGGUGAUCAAGGACAGAUAAUUGUGCGUUCCAUGCAUUCACUUGAUGUUGUCAGAAAGUAUGAAGGAAUAGGGAAAAUAAUAACAUCCCUAGCUGUGACCCCUGAAGAAUGCUUCUUAGCUGGAACUAAAGAUGGUAGCCUACUAGUAUAUUCCAUAGAAAAUCCUCUUACCCGUAGAGGCAGUAGCCUUUCACGCAACAAUAAAUCAAAAAAUACUGCAACUGGAUGAGUUAAAUAUUGGUAGAUGCUGUUGCAGUUCAUCAUCAUUGAUUCUCAUAUAUCCAAUUAGAGGAUUACAAUUAUAUUUGACAUGGGAAUGAUUUAUGCUACUCAUGACGGCUCAAUCCACUCUGAUCAUCGGCAUGUGUAUAAUAGCUACAAGUAUUUUCAAAUGGAGAUCGAGUUAAUGCCAAGAUUACAAUUUUUUAAAAGAAAAAAUAUGAAGUUACAUAGAUGCAAAAUAAUCAAGCAAGAUAUUGUUGGUAUGUGAAAUUCAACCGUGAAUAAUGCAUCUGAUAUUGAUUUCUCACAUACUUUGUACAGCAUGUCUGUUUAAUUUAAUUUUCUUUACAUCUAGUUUUAUGUAUGUUUUCCUGGUUCAACGUGCUCUUAAAGCAAAUUGUAAAUGUACGAUCAAUGUCUGAGAACAUUGGGUUAAAAGAACGUGCUGUAUCAAUAUUGAGUUGUAAGCUGAUAUCUAUUUAUAUAUAUAUAUAUAUAUAUAUGCAGUUUUCUAGUUAGA